AUGUUUUCAAAAGCCCCUAGAGGAGUAGGAAUUGAUGAUUCUAAAACUAAUGGAGUACUUUCUAUCAAAGGAUCACGUAUUCGGUCAGCUUCUUCAAUACUUAAAAAGUCAGAUGGUAUUUUAUUAAAUAGCUCGGGUUCAGUAACUAUUGAUACUACUAAUAAUUCUAAAACUAAUAAAGGAAAGAUUACAACACCAACAAAUAAAUCUGUCACAAUCAUUGAUAACAUAAAAGAUAAUAAAGCAAAAUCAUUAACAAAUAUUAAUAUUCCAAAAUGUUCUCAUUCCACUAAACAAAUUGAAGACUAUACAUUUUUGCAUGAUGUAUAUGUACAAAAUCUUCAACAACAAAUACAACUUUUAGAAAUGGAAAAUAACUAUUUAAAAAAAAGUCAAAAUAUGAGAGAAUCUGAUAAAGAAGAAGAAAAUUUAAAUAAAAUAAAAAAUGACAAUAUAAAACAAGGAACAACAAAUUAUGAAUCUCCUAAAAAGGCAAAUAUUGUAGAUAAUAGAUUUCAUGUAUUUGAUGAUGAUGAAAUUUCUAUAGCUUUAAGAGAUGAUGAUAUUAAGAAAGAGUCAUAUCAACAAUCUCCAAAAAAACAAUAUCCUAUGCAUUCCUCAUUUCAAAAAACAAAUUAUAAAACAGCUAAUGAAACGAAACUAGAGACAACAAUAUACAAACUUGAGAGUAAACUUAGUCAAAAAAAUGCAGAAAUUAGUGAAUUAAUGAGACUACGUGUAGAAUUGGAAGAAAAAGUAUGGGAACUAUCAGGGAACUUGGCAAAAAAAGACGAAUUAUCCAAUAGGAAUAGAAAUGUACUUCUUGAUGAAAAUAUAGUUUUACAGAAAAGGUUAGAUGAUUUAACACCAAUACUUUCACAGAAAGAAUCAAUUAUAUCACGUUUAGAAGCUGAAAAAGAUAAUUUGAUUAUUAGAUUGAGAUCAGCAAAACAAGAAUGCAAAGGCUUACAAUUAAGGUAUGAAGAAAAAGAGAAAGAAAAAGUGUCAAUUAAUGAAUUAGAAGGUAGAAGAAAACAAGAAAUUGAGAGGCUAGUAGAAAAAAUAAAGGAAUUUGACAAUGAAAAUAUUCAAUUAAAAAUGAAUGAACAAAGUUAUAUUGAUCAAUUAUCUUCAUUGAAAAGAAAAAUGAAGGAAGAAGAAUUGAAAAAUAAAAAGGAAAAAAGUUUAUCUGACAAAAUUUUAGACGACAACAAUAACCUGAUAAAGGAAAAUUCCAAAUUGUCAUCAGAAAUAAUGAAACUUCAAAUGAUUAUAGAGCAACAGGACAAAGAGUUAUCAAAAAUAAGAGAUUUUGAAGUUCAGGAACAAGAAUUUAUGGAGUCAAGACAAAGAGAACUUAACUUAAGGAAUGAACUUAGAAUUAAAGAAGAGUAUGUAACGGAUUUGAAAGAAAAAAUAAAAAAUUUAGAAAUGCAGUUGAAAGAAAAGCAAGUUCAAGAGGAAAAACAAAAUGAUGAAAAACAAAGAAUACAUAAUGAACUUGAGGGAUUAAAUGUGCUAUCAAAAGCGUUGUCAUCUGAUAACAAGACACUUCGAGAAAAUAAAAAUUCUCUUGAAGAUAAAAUUCAAAUUUUAGAAAAGAAAAUAUCGGAUAAAGAAGUAGAAAUAGGAAAAUUAAAGGAUGAAAAAGAUGAAAUGAAAUUAAGACAUUAUGAAGCAAUGGAAAAAAUGAGAAAAGAAAUAUUUUUACAUUCAGAAAAAACUAAUGAAUUUGAAGCAUUGGUAAAAAAAAUUAAAGAUUUAUCAGAUACGGCCGUUAAACUACAAUCACGCGAAGCAUCGACAAUUCGUAGCAUUAGUGUCUUAAGCCCACAUGCUAGUCAAGAUAAUGAACAUAAAUCUCAAAGUAGGAGUAUAUAUUCACUAAGAGAAUUUUCAAAUAUAAGUGAAGAAUCCACUAAUACUUCUUUAAAUGAAAAAAUUAAUAGUUUUUCAGAAAUGUUAAAAUAUAAAAGUUGA